AUGGGUAUCAGGAUUUCUGCUGUGUGGGCUGGCUGUUCGGCUCAGUGCGCUUGUAGUUCCCGGGCAUGUCUUCAAGCGCAUCGUUGCAUAGGUCGAUGUUGCACUUUUAAGAUCUCCCCACCCCGAGCCCCAAAGCAAGGCACCCGAUACCUCGGCUCAUUUAUACUCGUACUGCACGAGGUUCUCCGAAACAAGCUGGAAGAGACCCAGCAGAACUUGGAGGUUCGCUGGGAGUUGCUGUUUGGUCCUCAAGAGUUGCUGAAAGGGCCUUCAAGUCGGGGCUUCGACGCCUCUCCCUGCGAGGAGCAGGAGCAGACGCUCGAAGCGAAGAAGAAGGCGGUGGCUACAGCCAAGGACACUGACUUCAUGAACUUCAUGAACUGCUGA